AUGUCUUCUUUUGCUAUUGAAAAUAAUUCCCUCUUUGAAAAUAGUAAUGAAGAGAAACUUAAAAUUAACUUAUACAAACCAAUCCAAACAAAACAACCCAAGAGAAACCCCUUUAAAAUAGUAUUGAACCAUUUACUCCCCAAAGAAGACAAUUCGAAUAAACCUUUGGCUAACCAUAACGAAAACUAUCUUAUUUUACAUAACACUAUUCAAAACAACAACAAAAUUAACAAUACUAUUUCAAAUGAAAAUGGAAAUGCAAAUGAAAAUGCAAAUGAAAAUGAAAAUGCAACUGCAAAUGAAAAUGAAAAUGCAACUGCAACUGAAACUGUAAAUGAACAUGAAAAUGAAAAUGAAAAUGAAAAUGAAAAUGAAAAUAUUUAUGAAACAAAUAACAACACAAUCUCUGCUAAAAGGAAAACUUUAAAAGAUUUCAAACAACAUGUAAAGGGCAAAUUCAAAGUGAAUAAAGAUUCAAAAGAACUUAAUAAAUUGACCUCUGCAUCAACAUCUCAGAGUAUUCGAAUAAUGAGUAAUAGUUUACAAAAUUCAAAUAAUAACAAUUCAAUUCGAAUCUUAUCUUGUUCAGAGAAAUUUAGAUCCACUCCAAAGGAAUUGGAAGAUUUAUUUGCAGGUAUCAUGCAUGAUGAAAAGGGAUAUAGACCUUAUACAAAAUUAAAUAAUAAUUUAAAAGUUAUUCUUGAUAUGGAAAAUUCUAAAGAAAUUUCAUUUAAAAAGAGAAAAUUAAAUCAUAAGAAUGAUAAAAGAGAAGGGUAUACAGAGGAGGACGAAGAAGGCGAGAAUAAUGAUAAUGACGAGGACGAGGAUGAUAACAAUGAAGAUGAAGAUGGCAGUACAAUCUCACUCUAUUCAUCCUCUACUUAUUCGGAAAGUGAAUUCACAGAAGUUUCCAAUCUAUCUUCAUCAAUUUGUUCUCAAUCAAUCUCCAAAAUAUAUACUAUCCCCACUUUUAGAAAUGAAAAUACAAAGAUCAAUCAAAUCACUGAAGGUUUUAAAAAAGGUACUCUUACUGAAAAAGAUUUGGAAUCUUAUAAUUUAAAAGUGUCUAAAGAUAAACAAAUCACUUUUAAAGAUAAAGAAUUUUUCAUGGAAACCAUUCCAAGAAAUUAUAAAAAAGAAGAAAGAUAUUUCACUGCUCCACCUCGUAAACAUAACAAUUCCAUAAAACUUGAUAAAAAUAAAAUUAAAUUUAACAAGAAUUCUUCUUUAUUUGUUUAUGAAGCUUCCAAAAUUAAACCAGAGACAAGUUUUUAUUCUCAUAGAGAAAAUCAUGAACCAAAAUCGAUUUUAAAGACAAAAUUAAAUUCAAGAGCUCAAGUAGAAUAUGAAAAUGCUCAACAAUCCGAUCAAAUUGGAAUGGAUUCAUUUGUCUUACAAUUCGGAAUUAGAGAAAUGAUGAAAGAUAAACAAGGUAACGAAUAUUGGAAAAUAAGACGCAAGCAAAUCGAUGAUUAUAAGUUGAACAUUGCAUAG